GAUUGGGUAUCUGUGCGUCUCCUACUGGCCAACCAGAAGCAUCCGGUGGAUUUACGUCGGGACUUCCCAGGGUGCCUCCCGCGUAAAUUUGAAAUGGCUGAAGGGUUGGUGACUGCUGUAGAUCUGGAGAUUGAGAAGCCGGACCUGGAACCUCAAAUGCCCGCAGUGCCAGCGAACGAGCAGCACGACUUAUUUGAAGAUGAAGAUAUACUCGGUGAUAAUAGUGGUCAUGAUAAGCCAGGGACUAUUUGGCAAAGGUUUGUGCCAGAAGGGAAUGUACCUUUUCCAGACAUCUUCCAAACAAAUCAGCUUUUGUUCUAUGAGCGAUUCAAAGCCUAUCAAGAUUAUAUUCUAGCUGACUGCAAGGCUUCCGAGGUAAGGGAAUUCACAGCUGAGUACUUGGAGAAGGUCCUUGAACCAUCUGGAUGGCAGGCAAUCUGGCGCACUAAUGUGUUCGAGGUGCUGGUUGAGGUCACAAAUGUGGAUUUCUCAUCUCUGAAAGCAGAGGUGAAACUUACUCAGCCUUACCUUUGUGAAUCUCGGGUUAGUACCUUUACUUUGGAAUGCAUGAAAGAACUGCUGGAGCUGAAAGAAAAUCGGUUGCCUAUUCAAGAACUGUGGGUUGUGUUCGAUGAUUCAGGCGAGUUUGACCAGACAGCACUUGCAAUUGAACAUGUCAGGUUUUUCUACCAGAAUAUAUGGAGGAGUUGGGAUGAAGAAGAGGAAGAUGAAUAUGAUUAUUUUGUCAGAUGUGUGGAACCUCGAUUGCGUUUGCAUUAUGACAUACUUGAAGAACGGGUCCCUUCAGGGCUUGUUAUUGACUACCGCAAUCUACUUUCUGAGUGUGAAGAGAUUUAUAGGAAGUUUUUAAAUCUGAGGAGCAGUAUAUCAAAUGGUGACUCUGACACUGAGUUGGAAAAUGUCUCCAUGGCAGAAGGGUUAAGGCUAUAUUCUGAAAUAGAACAGCUGAAACAGAAGUUAAAACUCAUUGAAAACCCUCUUCUAAGAUACGUGUUUGGUUAUCAGAAGCACACAGAUAUUCAAGCAAAAGGAGUACGUCCAACUGGUAGGAAAAUCACCCAUGUUGUAUCAACUUCUAUGACUGCUAGUCUGCUGCAUUCUUUGCUCAGAGACAAGCUUUAUCAGGAAUCUCAUGAAGAAAUGGAAAUUCAGUUUCACAAUGAUCCAUUGACAGCUAUCAAUGCUUGCUAUGAAGGAGAUACCGUUAUUAUUUGUCCUGGUCAUUAUGUGGUAGAUGGCAUGUUCUCCAUUGCUGACUCCAUUGAAUUAGAAGGAUAUGGUCUGCCAGAUGACAUUGUGAUAGAAAAAAGGGGAAAGGGAGACAAUUUUGUAGAUUGUACAGGUGUUAAUGUUAAAAUCUCAAAUUUGAAAUUUAUUCAGCAUGAUGCUGUGGAAGGAAUCUUGAGCAUUCAUCAUGGCAAAACCACAUUGGAAAACUGUGUGUUACAAUGUGAAACUACAGGAGUAACAGUGCGAACAUCUGCAGAAUUACUAAUGAAAAAUUCUGAUUUAUAUGGGGCUAAGGGAGCUGGUAUAGAAAUAUAUCCAGGAAGUAAAUGUACUUUGAGUGACAAUGGGAUACAUCACUGCAAGGAAGGCAUACUAAUUAAGACUAGCCUGGAAAAAAGUGAGGAGAAGAUUUUAAAAUCAGACAGUGUUGGAUGUGACAGUUCCUUAAAACAUUUGUUUUCAAUGUCACAGGACUUCUUAGAUGAGCAUUAUGACAUUCCCAAAAUAACCAUGGUGAAUAAUGUUAUACAUAAUAAUGAAGGCUAUGGUGUUGUCUUGGUGAAACCUAAAACUUUUUCUGACCUGCAAGAAAAUGCACAAGGAUUUGAAGGAAAUAAAAUACUGAAAGUUCAGACAUAUAGAGAAGUAGAUGCAAUGGAGAAGGUGGGACAAGAAGAACCAUUUCAAAAUGCAUCUGGUGAAUUGAGGCUGUAUGCAAGACCUGACAUUUCUGAGCAGGCUGAGCAAAUGGAAGGCAAUUGUGAAAUUGUCAAUGAACUAGUGGCUGCUUCCAUGAGGAAAGGCCAAAUGAAGAAGAAAAGGUUGAGUGGCCUGGGCAUCACUGAAGCUGAUGAUAACCUCAUGUCCCAAGAGAUGUUUGUUUCUAUUGUGGGCAAUGAAUUCAAAUGGAAUGGGAAAGGCCAUUUUGGUACUUUUCUAUUUUGAUGGAAAUUAAUGUUUAAAAAUAUUGGAUUUGCACAUGCUACUGUAGUAAUCACUGCUGUUCUCCUAGGUAGCUUGCUUCAUGCCUGGCAUUUUGUACUUAUUCCUUUUGUAUUUGAAUGGAAUGCAACAAUAUUUAUUCUUAUCUGCAAAUGUUGCACAGAAAUUACUCUCCUUUUAUAAGUAAGGUGAAAAAAGUAGCUUUUAAAAUGAGAGACCCUUGGUAGAGGAAGCAGAGUUGGGGUGAGGAUCAUUUACCCCAAAGCUGUGCUUCCAUCGUUUUGUAAUUGGUGUUUAACACUUUAAUUCUAGCUAUUGAGGGAGAAAGCUGUAAAUAAGGAGCAUGUGGCCAAUGCAACAGGAGCAUUUCUCAUCCUUUUUGCUUCUUUUUCCCCAUUGUGGAUUUGUUUUCUAUGAAAUAUGUACUCAAUGAUUGUGUUAAAGUAAAAGCUUUCAUGAUUAGGAAGUUGUCUACCUAAUCAAACUCAUUUUUAAGAGUGAGUAGGAUUUGUUUUUUGGGCAAACUGUGCAAUCAUCAAAAUAUCCAUAGAUAAUGAUAAUGUACUAACUUUUAAACAGAACUAAAAGUGUCAUUAAGAGUAUGCACAGAAUUUUUCCACUAUUGCUGAAUUUGAAAAACUAAAAGGUAAUGCUUUUCUUUUGCCAUGUCAGUGUUAGGACCAAUUUUUUCAUUCUUUUUCAAGAUGAAAUAAAAUAAUGCUAAUAUAUUUA